CUUUAACGCUUUUGUAACAUUCGAAUUUUCAUCCACAUUCCAUAAAGGUGUUCUCUUUUCAACAAUAAAAAAGGGGUCAUGCCUUAUCUUGCGCCUAAACUUUUAUACACAUUCUUAUUCGCAUGUCAAGGUUCAGCUCCAGUUUAUCUUGCUCUAUUCUACUCUUCACAAUUAGGACUGAAAGGUGAUCAAAUUGGGUUGCUGGUUGCCAUUGGUAAAAUACGUUAGGGAAGGAUACCAAUACCCAUUACUAAUGAAGUAUGUCAUAGCUCCCUUUAUUUCUGCUGUUGCAUGUCCAUUAUGGGCUACGAUUGCAGAUAAAACCAAGACACAUCGCUACAUUAUGUGUAUUGUGCAUACCUUGGCUACUGUUGCUAUCGUGAGUGUCAUGGGAAUUUCGGUAGUAGUUCAGUCUAUAGAAGAAGAGUCCGAAAGAAGUAAAUUGACAAUCACACUAGUCACCAUUACCUCCAUUUGUUUUGCUUUCUUUGGUGUUCCCGUGGGACCCUUGGUGGAUGGUGGAGUAUUAAAAAUCUUAGGUCGAAAUAAAGAUCAGUAUGGUAGACAGCGUAUGUUUGGUUCAAUAUCAUUUGGUGUUGCAUCGUCAUUGGUUGGUUUUAUCACAGAUUGGACAGAUGAUAUGAAUGCAAUCUUUUACAUUUAUGCAUGUUCUGCCAUCUGCUUCAUUCUUGUUGCUGGAAAUACCCAAUUUAAGUCGGAAAGAAUCGAAGACAUAUUUAUACCACAAUCGCAAAAUGUUUCAUUCCCAGCAUCGUCAUCAUCAUCAUCAGCAACAGCAACAACAACAACAGCAAAGAUACCGAGAACAUCUACACAACGCUACGAAGGAAAAAUGAAACAGUUUCAAGUUGAUCCUUACGAGGAAGUUGGUAUUGAUUUAGAUAGUCCACAGAUACGUCAAAACGAGAUCCAAAGAUUGAUCCAGUUUGCAACAGAAUCGAGUAUCAUCGAGGCUGUUAAUCUAUCUAAUCCUCCAUCACAUCGACGUAGAUCUGUUAGGUUGACUCUGGAUGAACCAGCUACAAUCAUAGAAUUAUUGAAAAAACCAGAGGUUUCCUUGUUUUAUCUGACAAUGAUGUUGAUGGGUGCUUCGUUGAAUAUGGUUAUCAGUUUUCUAUUUAUCUACCUCAAACAAGAUUUGGGAGCAAGCUCAUCACAAGUCGGACUAACAGGAUUGAUCGGUUCUUCUACUGAGCUUGUAUUCUUUUUUUAUUCCAGAGACCUUAUCAGGUUGUUCGGUAUUAAAAGCUUGGUCAUUCUUGGUCAUGUGCUGACUAUCAUUCGAGUUUUUGCUUAUACUAUUUUACCCAGAAGCCCAACCGGAGCCAGCAUCGCUUUAGGAUUACAUCUUUUAAACGGAAUUGCAUUCUCUGCUUUGUGGGGUGCCGGUGUGGUGCAAGCUGAUGAAUUAUCUCCUCCGUCGCUACAAGCAACAUCGCAAGGUUUAUUAGCUGCCAUGUACGCAGGUGUGGGUGCUGGAUUAGGGAGUCUUGUAGGCGGUGUCAUUUACGAAAAGUAUGGCUGUAAUGCCAUGUUUUAUACGGUAAUAGCACUCACUUCAAUAAGUUUAGAAAUAUAUCUUGAGGUGAAUACCAGAUGUGCUUUAAGCCAUUUCGUAAAAUGGCUGUACAAAACUUGUAUCUAUUUAUAUAAAUGUGUGCAAAAAGCUAGAGGCAUAGGACAAGCCGUACCACGUUGGAGUGGUGGUCGAAUUCGACUAAAUGAAGACGAUUAAUAAUAUACAUCUUGUAAAUAAAUAAACAGUGGGAGGGAGUCCCCCCCCCCCCCUUUUUUUUUCUAAUCUCGUA